AUGCCUUACUUCGUGUCAGCCCUGAAGGCGAUUCACUUCCAUCGGGAUUCGUUCAACAACAAACCCUUUCUCAGCGUGGACAGUUAUUCCGACUACCACAAUCAAAGCCUACCGGGUGCCACAUUAAUCCUACAGCCCCGCCUAGAGGAAGAACUGCGGAGCCUCCUCCAGUCUUCGGAGUAUGCCCAGCUCAGAACCGAGUGCGCCGUUACGUCGUGUCGCAAGGGAGUGGAUUCUAUAGAGGUACCCUUCACUACCGGUGACGAAACUUUAACCGACUUUGAGUGGGAAAUAUUUUGUUGGCGCCGAUGGAUCCACUACGCCGCGAAAUGGGUCGCAGCGAACCUGCGUAUCACCAUUCCCACCCCUAAAUCUCAUCCAUACUUUCCACUGUGGAAGCUGGGGUACGAACCCGAGGAAGUUUGGGAAAUAUUCUGGCCGGAGGGUUUCCAAUGGGUGAAACUAGCACAACCUAUGUUCGAAUAUGAACUAACUUCUGAAACCUUCUGGGAGGAAGCGGAACAAGAUGCGUUGAAACAGCUGGAGGCGAGGAUGGAGCCACACCUGACUAUUCCUGCAGCUCGAUUUAGAACCCGAAGGACCUGUUCGAUUCCCUGGGAUUGUGUUGAGGCGCUUGAGCGACGAAAGUUAGUCGACGAUGCCAUGACCAUGACCAUGAGAAACGGGCUCUUACUCUCCAACAAGUUGGGAUAUAUCGCAGCAUUUUUGAGUGUUUUGGGGAGCGCCCUAGGAUAUCUGCCGCGAUUAAGAGACUGCAUCGCUCGGAGAGCCUUGAUGGAUAAUGACGGGUACGCUGGCCUUGACCGCGGCUUCUUUCUGACAGACCAGCACGGCGCUGGCAAGACUGCUCAGAUCUGGUUCAAGAUGGCCGACGGCACGAUCCUGCUCUCAGACCACAUCUUCAGGGAGUCAACCUCUAUCCUCACCGUCCUCGUUCUGGGCUCGGUUACAGCCCAGGAAGCAUCGGAAUUAAAACAGGUUAUUGACUCCGGAGAGCUACCUCCUAACAUCUUAGCCGAGAACGUCGUUAUUUUGCGCGAUGAUAAAUUACCCUGUAACUCAGUCGCAGCUCCGUGGAUCUCAGAACUAUUCCCUUGCCGGCCUGAUGAUCUGGAGAAGAUGAGCGUCUCGUUACUCAGAGGCUACGAUCCGGCGUCCUUCCGAAGGCGAUUUCAUUCCUCAACGCGCUACGUACUGGUGCGUCCAGACUUCAUCGUUUCCCCCCAGGCCAAGUCAAUUGAAAAGUUGGCAGGACAAUUGGGUCAGGUAAAGAAGCUCUUGGCGCAGAAAUAA